AUGGUAGCAUUGAUGGUAUCAUUGUUGAUAGUAAUGCUUCAAGUGGCAUGCCAGAAUCCUAAUAUUCAAUGCGACCAUGAUGAACCUGUUCCUAUCCAUCACACAUAUCAUCAGCUUGGAGACGUUAGCAUUGGUAGCAUCAUUUCUGUGUUCUUGUCAUUUUCUGAUCCCACUGAUUUCAGUCGACAUCCUUCUGAGGAAAUUCAAGACGGACUUAUAAUAUUUUAUCAAAACUACCAGCACAUUCUGGCUUUAGUGUUUGCUCUCAAGGAGAUCAAUGAAAAUCCUCAGAUGCUGCCCAAUGUCACGCUGGGCUUUCACAUCUACAACAGCAAUUUUAGUCCAGGUUGGACUUACCUCGCUUCCAUGGGGCUUCCCUUCACCCAGGGCAGAUUCAUUCCUAACUACAAAUGUGGGGUACCCAAAAAUCUGGCUGCUGUCCUUGCGGGUCCUGACAUCUGUCUCCAUGGUGCAACUAUUCUGAGCAUCUACAAAGUUCCUCAGCUGACAUAUGGUUCUGCACCAGUGAUGGAUGAAGAGACUCAAGCAGUUUUCCUCCAACAAAUGUUUCCAAACGAAUCCCACCAGCAUACGGCUCUUCUCCAGUUAUUGUUGCAUUUUAGGUGGAUCUGGAUUGGAGUUCUUGCUGUGAAUGAUGACAAUGGAGAGAAAUUUGUCCAGCAGGUUCUUCCCAUGUUUUCUCAGCAUGGCAUCUGCUUUGAUUUCAUACAAGACUUUCCUUAUGUAGCUUUUUACAUUGAUUAUAACCAAGUAAUAGAUGAUGGAUUCCAAAUAUACCAAGUUCUAAUGAGGAGCACAGCCAAUGUCAUAGUCUUAUAUGGUGAAAGUAGGUCCAUAACUUUUCUGAGAAUGUACUUGCAAUUGGCAGAAGUGGAUGAUAUACCAAAGAAGACAAAAAUCUGGGUGACAACAGCUCAGACAGAGUACACUUCGAUAUCCUUUCAUAAAUCGUGGAAUAUCCAUUUCUUGCAAGGGGCUUUAUCCUUUGCAGUUCACACAAAGGAGAUUGAAGACUUUCCAAAGUUUCUUGAAAGCAUAAGUCCAAUCAACAACCAGCAUGAUUAUUUUAGGAAAUAUUUCUGGGAACAGGCAUUCAACUGUUUCUUCACCGGUCCUGAAACAGAGAACAAAUGUACUGGGCAGGAGAGACUUGAGACCCUUCCCACAUCUGUCUUUGAAACACGCAUGAGUGGCCAGAGUGUUGGUGAAAAGAUCACUUUUAAUGAAAAUGGAGAAUUCAUUGGCGGAUUUGAUAUUAUCAACUGGAUCACAUUCCCAAACCAGUCCUUUCGUAGGGUCAAAGUUGGAAGAAUAGAUCCAACAGCUCCACCUGACAAAUUCUUCAAUAUCUUUCUGGAUUCCAUUACAUGGCCAAUAGGAUUUCCUCAGGCACCACCUUUUUCUUUAUGUAAUGAUCCUUGUCAGGCAGGAUACAGCAAGGUCAAGAAAGAAGGGGAGUCAUUUUGCUGUUAUGAUUGUCUUCCAUGUCCAGAGGGGAAAAUAUCAAAGGAGAAGGACAUGGCUGAUUGCUCUCUGUGCCCAGAUGAUUAUUAUCCAAACCCUGAAAGAAAUGUAUGCCGUCCAAAGCAGAUUAGCUUUUUAUCCUAUGAAGAACCCCUGGGGAUCAGUCUUACUGCCCUUUCUCUUUGUUUUUGUUUUAUGACCACUUUGGUGCUUAACAUUAUCAUUAAACAUAAAGAUACUCCUAUUGUUAAAGCCAACAACCGGAAUCUCACCUACAUGCUUCUUGUUUCUCUCCUACUUUCCUUCCUUUGUGUGUUUUUAUUUAUUGGGAGACCCAACAAAAUUCUGUGUCUCCUUCGUCAACCAGCUUUUGGGCUCAUCUUCUCUGUGGCAGUUUCUUGUGUAUUGUCCAAGACCUUUGUAGUGGUUCUAGCAUUUAUGGCCACCAAACCCGGCUCCAAAAUGAGGAAAUGGGUGGGUGGAAGAAUGGUCACUUUUAUUCUUUUUUCCUGCUCCCUUGUUCAAACCACUAUUUGCAUAGUAUGGUGGACAAUUUUUCCACCAUACCCAGAUGUUGAUAUGAAGUCAAUGUCUGAAGAAGUCAUCCUGGAGUGCAAUGAGGAAUCGAUCAUGUUCUACUGCGUUUUGGGAUUUAUGGGCCUCCUGGCUAUGAUCAGCUUCUCUGCUGCUUUUCUAGCUAGGAAGUUACCUGACAGUUUCAAUGAAGCCAAAUUCAUCACCUUCAGCAUGUUGGUCUUUUGCAGUGUUUGGCUUUGCUUUGUUCCAACUUAUUUAAGCACUAGGGGAAAAUAUAUGUUGGCUGUGGAGAUCUUCUCCAUGAUCUCCUCCAGUGCUGGAUUAUUAGUGUGUAUCUUUUUCCCCAAGUGUUUUAUCAUUGUAAUUAGACCUGAACUGAACGAUAAGCAUCAGUUAAUGAAAAGAAAAUUAUAA